UUCCACACAGUAUCAGUGAAAUUUACUGGGGCAGAAAAAGAAUGUUCUCACUAUAAAUCUUGGCAAUUCAUCCCUGGACGAUCAAGGACAGAGCUUUUCUUUAAGCUCUGCCGGCAAGUUCAGAUCUCCUGUGAUUUCCGUGAAUCAUAAUUGGAGGUUCCAAGCUACUUAUUUACUUUUUUCAGUCUGUGCAGGAAGUCUUAGCUAAAAUAGGUGGAGAGAUGAGAUUAUAAUUGCCAUGGUGAGUCUGAGUUCCUGCUGCCUGCUCUGGGUGUGGAGAGAUUUUUUUGGUGUUGGUGCGGCUGUACCUGGCCUGGGAAGGAGAAUCCUGUCUUCGAAGCGUGUUGCCAGGAGUGCUGAUGUGCCAGAGCCGCGGCCAUGCUGCAGCAGAUCCUGGCAGACAUGUACAUCGAUCCUGAGCUGCUGGCAGAGCUCAGUGAGGAGCAGAAACAGAUCCUCUUCCUCAAGAUGAGGCAGGAGCAGGUCAGACGGUGGAAGGAGACAGAAGCUGCCACAGACAAGAACUCAGCGAAGAAAGUGACCCAGAGGAAAGUACAUGGGAAGUCGGUGAAGUGGAAGCUCGGCACGGACAGUGAAGUCUGGGUCUGGGUCAUGGGCGAGCACGCGUCGGAUAAGCCUUACGAUGUGAUCUGUGAGGAAAUCCAGGCACGGAGGGCUCAGCAGGAAGCAGGGGAAGCCAGAGGAAGUCAAACAUUCCUUGAACCGGCUGUACCAUGGUCCCUGCAUUCUCAGCCAGAAGCCCUGGGUGAGGGAGAUGCCAAAAGGAAGGAGGAAGAAACUGGAGAGAGGGAGAAGGAAGAUGUGAUAACAGCUGCUAAAAAGGAGAGAAGCUGGGAUCAUGCUCAGGCUGUUCCCACUAAUGGCAGAGACGUGCAGCAGAUGUUGGCCGAUUCCAAGGCUCAGACGAGGAAGUACGACUUUCAGCAGGGGAAGGAAUUAGCAAGGAGGAGGCCAGGAGGGAUGAGAGCAUCUGCGGAGAGUGCACUGCACACCAACACCGACCGGAAGGAGGCCCAGGAGUCAGGGCAGAAAUCGGACAAGGACGAUCCCGAGUGGCAGGAAUCCUUGAGGAAAUCCAAAGCCGCUGACGAGCGGAGACGCUCCAUUGCCAAGCAGGCCAGGGACGACUACAAAAGGCUGUCGCUGCAAGGGAUCCGCAAAGGGAAGGUAGCCGAAGUGUCCAAGAAUUUUGGGAGCCAGGAGCAGAGCUUGCCCCCCCGGCCUUCCCUUCCACCCAAGCCUAAAACCCUAAACUCUGGGGGAGCCAAUGGGAGGCCUCACAGGAAUCCGGGCGUGCAGAGGACCAUCUCCACUUCCACCCAGGAGAGCAUCAUCAGGUGGUUUAAAGAAGAGCAGUUUCCUCUUCGGGCUGGUUAUGAGAAAUCCACGGACAGGAUAGCACCCUGGUUCCACGGUAUCGUAACCCUCAGGCAAGCAGAGGAGCUCCUGAGCAAAUCAGUGCCCGGGAGCUUUCUGAUCCGGGUCAGUGAGAAAAUCAAAGGCUACGCACUCUCCCUUCUGUCCCUGGAGGGCUGCAAGCACUUUCUAAUAGAUGCCUCCAGCAACUCCUACAGCUUCCUGGGAGUGGACCAGUUGCAGCAUUCGACACUGGCCGACCUUGUCAACUACCACAAGGAGGAGCCCAUCACUUCUUUGGGGAAGGAGCUGCUGCUUUACCCAUGUGGCCAACAGGGCCCGGAACCUGACUACCUUGAUCUCUUUGAGUGAAAGCCUCCGUUCCCACCUUGUGACACACGCCCGUGCCUUCCCCUGAACGAACAGAUGAACGGUUGUCCGAGAGACAGACCCCAUAAUGCCCAGCCAGCACCGAUCAAGUGAAAUCCUCUGCACAAGUGUCCAUAUCUGAAAAUGUUUAGCACCAAAGCAGCGAAACGGCAAUUAGUGCUGGGCGCUGCUCUCUGUUAGCAGCAGCAGCUGCAGCAUUCAGCAGCCUAGCAAGCCAGGAAGGAGCGCUAGCAGCUUCAGCCUUAUUGUUGUAGGGUUAGCUCAGGAACAAAGCUGUCGAAGGAAGAUACUGCCAUGUGUUAGUUUGUGUAAAUGACUCUGGGCUGUCUCUGAUUAAGCUACAUUUUGCCCUCAACUACUGCAGCAUAAAUUGCCAUUAAAGGGAUGUUGUGGGAUGUUUGCCGGAGGUGCAGUGAAAUUAGUAUUUUAAAGUCUGUUCAAAGGGGGUGAAGCCACAUCAAGGAGGGGACCUGGCCCCUCGUGGUAAGGUGCAUAAUUGCAGCUCAAUCCUGCAAGAGGCUGAGUCCUCUGGAGUCAGUGGGAGUAGAGGUCGGUCAAUGUGCUGCAGCAUCGGGCCCACCAUAAAAUCCACCCCAUGAAUAGGGGCCAGCACAAGACCUGUGCAGCGCAUGAACCCACAUAGUCCCUUAAUAUAGGGCUUCAGUGGGGCUUACUCGGUGACUAAGCUUUGUGCUGGCCCCUCUGCACGGGGGGAGGGGGAAUGAUGCCCUUUGGAGAUGGAAGGAAACGGCAAGUUCGUUAAAUAAAGAAACCAAGUGGGAAUCUGGCUGAGAAGUUUUAACCCUUGCACACAGAGCCUGGGCUAUUUUACAUCCAGCCUCCUGGGCAGCCUUUUACUGUUAAUCGUCAGUAUUACUCAACUCCAGUGUGGACAUGAACAAUGAGAGAUGCCUGCCAAUAAAGUACCCAGUCUCUUUACCCUAAUGUAACUGUUUAUUGAAGUCCUGCAAAUCACAGAAGGCACAUUUCCGAGCUAACUGCUCAUGCUGAAUGUAGCUGGGCCUUCUACUUUUUCUUUGACAUAACAGCUGAGCUUGUAGUAUUUGUCCUGAGAGCUGCAGUAUGAAAUAUCAAGGCAUAGACUUGAGAAGAUGCUAAAAUGUGUCUUAGCAUCAGUACCAGGAUUGGUGGUGCAUAUUAUGAAAAUCAGAUAAAUUAUCUCCCUCCCCUCCACUAAUGACAACUUGCAAGCUCUGCAGUCUUCAAAAUUGUGAACAAAAAAUCAGUCCAGUUUCAGUUUAAAUUACCAGUUAAUUUCUCUUCUUCCAUGUGGCUUGGGGUUGUUCCGCACAACUUAAGAAAGCCAUCAACACAAAGUCCUUCAGGUCAUUUUGAAAAGAGUAUCCGGCACCUUACUUCUAUUCUGUCUCCUAUGCAAUGUGGUGGAUUUGCCAUCACUUGAAGUCUUCAAAUCAAGGGAAGAUGUGAUUCUAAAAAUAAUGCGUUGUAGCCCAGCAACAAGAGAUGGGCUUGAAGCAGGAAGGACUGGGUGAAGUUUUUAUGCCCUGUGCUAAGCAGGAGGGCAAAUUAGAUGAUCACCAUGGGCAUUUCUGGUCUUAAAAUGUAUAUGCUGCAUAACCACUUGCCACACGGUAGAGGCGAGCCUGCCUUCCACCUCUAUCCCACUCAACACACUUAGGAUUACGUUUCAUUUUUUACAGAGGAGAUUGGUCGAAGCAGUACAAGUGUUUAAGAGACUGUUGCUCUCUACCAAUCCUCAGCAGUUACUGACGCACUCCAGGCUCUACAUGAUCCCGAAUCAUAAACACACUUACAGCUUAUGGAGAGCCCACAGUUCAUACUCAUCAAGUGAAAAAUGACCUGCCUGAUCCUGCAGUGCGGGCAGAGAGCCGCUCUGAAACCUGCCAACAUGCACCAGCAAAAACUGCCCUCUCGGAAAACUUAAUAAAAAAAAAAGUCAUACAUGGCCACUGACUCAACCACCCGCUUUCACCAACCUGCCAGUUACUUCAGUGCAGGACGUGUCUUUGAGCCAAAUCAAGCACAACACCUUGACAUUUGUGAGUCCACAGGAUUUGAAAAUAUCUCACUGCUUGAAGCCAACAUUCCAGCACAGAGCGCGUAGCUGGCUGACUGUGGAGCCGGUCAAGAAUUGCGGAACAAGGAUGUUUUCCAGUUCUGGAGCAGCAUGGUGGCCAGAUUCCCAGCUCUGGCAGCAGCCGCCCUGCGAUGCUUAGCAGUACCAGGCUACGGCAUGGGCGAUGACCCCUCCUCCUCAUCUUGUAAAAAUGUGCUUGGGGACAACAGCCGCCGCGUCUGGGAAUAACUUGUCAGACCAAAAUGGCAACACUUUGCAAAAGAGAUUUGGACAAAAAUAACUGAUUUUUAGUAUAUAGCUUUUCAUUAAUAUGCAGCUCUAAAGGCAACACAGUCUACUUUGACAGGGCAAAGAAAACAAGUGCAUUAAUGUUGUGUGUAAAUGUUACGCUGUCAGACUUUGUUAAAGUGUCACAUUGUUUGUUGCUGUCACCAUACCCUGAUUUUGUACAUUUUUGCCAUGGAUGUUCUGUGAAUUUUGCCUAAUUUUACUGUGACAAAAUCGUCUCCAUAACCACGGGCUUCCUGUGGA